AGGGACUGCUCUUGCACUAGCAUGCAGGAUGAUGUUACAGGACUUCAGGUGAUGGAGUGUCACGACAAAGCAUGUAACACGUUCUGCUCUCGGGGUUACAAGUAUAUCGUCCAAGAAGGGGAGUGUUGUGGGAGAUGCCAGAAGACAGCCUGUGAGGAGCAGUUAUUCUGGUCGCGGGGCGACACAGAUCCUCGUUUGCAUGAGGUCGGCACAGAGUGGCGAUCCCCCUUCAACCAUUGCAUUAUCAAUGAGUGUGUCCGGGUGAACAAUGAGGUUUUUGUGCAGCAAAAGAAUGUUUCUUGCUCUCAAAUGGAUGUGCCUGACUGUCCAGAGGGAACUGAACUACGUUGUGACCAAAUAACAGACUGCUGUCCUUCCUGCAGAUGUGUACCACUGAAUGGUUGUCCUUUGAAUGGCACUGUCAUUGGGCCAUGGAGACGCCUGAUGGUGGAUCAAUGCACAACAUGUCACUGCUCCCUCCAGCCCGCAUCUUCUCGGAGAUACACUCUGACAUGUACAAAAUUAAGCUGUGAACCAUGCCCAAUAAAUUACAGAAGGCAGGAAAUCCCUGGCUCUUGCUGUGGAAAAUGUGUACCAACUUCAUGUGGCAUCAGGCUGAGAGAUGGAAGGCUUAAAUACCUUCAGCCAAAUGAAUCACUUCAGGAUGGCUGUGAUAGUCACUCCUGUAAAGUAAAUGAGAAAGGGGAAUUUAUCUGGGAAAGGAGAAUCACUGGCUGUCCUCCAUUUGAUUCCAGAAGAUGUUUGGCUGAAGGAGGCAGAAUUGCAAAACUUGGCAAUACCUGCUGUGACACAUGUGUGGAAGUGGAAUGUCGACCAGUAAGUACCAGACUGCAGUACAGGAAUAUCAAUGGAUGUGUGGCUGAAAAGGAAGUGCCUAUUUCUCAUUGUGAGGGCAAGUGCAGAAGCAGUACCCAAUACUCCGUUCAGACAGGGAAAUGGGAAGACCUGUGCAGCUGCUGUACAGCCACUCACACCACCAUAGUCACGAUCCCCCUCCGGUGUGCCAAUGGGACGGUGGUGCAGCAUUACAUCCCUUCUGCUUCUCAGUGUGAAUGCUAUUCUCGGAAGUGUACAGACUGAAUAUUUCCAAGAAGUUCAGUUGUUUAAUCUCAAGUUUUAUGCUGAAGGAACUUUACAGUGCAAGCCUCCUUUUCUCUCUGUAGACCACUUUAUCCAGUAGAAUCCUGACUAACUAAUUGUAUCAACAUAGCAAACAAUAAAACCUACUAGCA